UCCUCCGCGUCCCCGGCCGCCGCACGGGUCCCCGGCGACGCCGCAGGCACCCACGAGGGCACGGGCGGGAGGCUCGCGGCGGCGGCUAGCGUGGCCGGUGUCGGGCGCCGGGCGGAGCUGGGCGCGCACGGUUACCGAGCGUGGAGGAGGCACCCCGCGGCGAUGGGUGCCAGGGGCGCUCCUUCACGCCGCAGGCCGGCGGGGCGGCGGCUGUGGCACCUGCCCACCGGGAGCUUCCCCUUCCUCCUCCUCCUGCUGCUCCUGUGCAUCCAGCUCGGGGGCGGACAGAAGAAGAAAGAGAAUCUAUUAGCUGAAAAAGUAGAACAGUUGAUGGAAUGGAGUUCCAGGCGCUCAAUCUUCCGAAUGAAUGGCGACAAAUUCCGAAAAUUUAUAAAGGCACCACCUCGAAACUAUUCUAUGAUUGUUAUGUUCACGGCUCUUCAGCCUCAGCGGCAGUGUUCUGUGUGCAGACAAGCUAAUGAAGAAUAUCAAAUCCUGGCUAACUCCUGGCGCUAUUCAUCUGCUUUCUGUAACAAACUCUUCUUCAGUAUGGUGGACUAUGAUGAGGGGACAGAUGUUUUUCAACAGCUCAACAUGAACUCUGCUCCUACAUUCAUGCAUUUCCCUCCAAAAGGCAGACCCAAGAGAGCUGAUACUUUUGACCUUCAAAGAAUUGGAUUUGCAGCUGAACAGCUUGCAAAGUGGAUUGCUGACAGAACGGAUGUUCAUAUUCGAGUCUUCAGACCACCCAACUACUCUGGCACCAUUGCUUUGGCCCUGUUAGUGUCACUUGUUGGUGGUUUGCUCUAUUUAAGAAGGAACAACUUGGAGUUCAUCUAUAACAAGACUGGUUGGGCCAUGGUAUCUCUGUGUAUAGUCUUUGCUAUGACUUCUGGUCAGAUGUGGAAUCAUAUCCGUGGACCUCCCUAUGCUCACAAGAACCCGCACAAUGGACAAGUGAGCUACAUUCAUGGAAGCAGCCAGGCCCAGUUCGUGGCCGAGUCCCACAUCAUUCUGGUACUGAAUGCUGCUAUCACCAUGGGGAUGGUUCUUCUAAAUGAAGCGGCAACAUCCAAAGGAGAUGUUGGAAAAAGACGAAUCAUUUGCCUGGUGGGAUUGGGCCUGGUGGUCUUCUUCUUCAGCUUUCUGCUUUCGAUAUUUCGUUCCAAGUACCACGGCUAUCCUUAUAGCUUUUUAAUUAAAUGAAGCCAAGUGGGAUUUCCAUAAAGUGAAAGUUUACCAUGAAGAUAAAGUGAUCCUGACACUCUACUUUGAAUUCUUCAGUACAUUUCCAUGUUGAUUGUGAUAAUGUAGCUUAUUCUUGUGUAAUUUUAUAAAUGUGAGAUUUCCCAGUGAAUUUAAUUUAUAGAAAUGUGUGGUUAAAGUUAAUAUUAGCACUGGAAAGAACAAAGGAAACACUGUUGUGUUUUUCAAGCAUAUCAUCAUAUUCAAUGUGUGCUCCAGGACUGAAAUAAAAGACAAUGUGUCAAUUCAUGCUUAAAUGUUCACUUAUUAGUAAGGAAAACCACAGCGUUACUAAGGGGAAACUAAGAAGUGUGUGUCAAUAAAUUCCUAGGGCUGUACAGAGAUAAGAUAUAUGCAUGAGAAUAUGUCAUGUUCUGAAAAAUUACAUUUAUUUCCGUUUCAAGUUAAAGGAUAUGUAUGGUUACAUAGUGUUUUGUUCUAAUUAGUCCUAACUAGAGGAAGGUGUGCAGGACAGGGAGCUGGGUGACUAGUACCUACAACUUGGAUGCCUAACCUGGGAAAGGUAGGUUCUUUGCAUUUAUAAAUCUAAAGCAAACGUGGCCAAAUCAACAUGCCUCAAAGGCAUCGGCAAUAGAAGCGGCACCUGAACUAAGAAUUCGUUCCUCUCCAACUUCAGAGGUGUCAUCUAGGAAUCCAGACUUAGAAUCACAGAACUAACCCUCCAUUUCCCCCGUGUUGCCAUCAAAACCUCAUUCCCUGAAUUAUCCUGAUAUGAGUGAGUGACUCGGUGAAGCUGUUUUGAAAACCAAAUAUAGGAGUCCAACAUUAUGUUUGCAUAUCCUGUUUCUGAUUGUUUAUACAGCACCUUCUCAUAUGUUACGGUGUUUUUUCCUUCACAGCAAUUCUGUAAAUUAGACAGGAAAUGUAAAUUUUGUCUGACUUAUAGAAAUAUUACAAGCUGAAAGCCAAAAAGAAUAAAAACCAGAGCUUAUAGCUAGACUUUUAAACCUCAAACCUGAAUUUUUACUUCUGUGGUGCUACCCAAAGAAGGAAUUGGAAACAGCCCAAUAAACUCUUUAUUUGUCCUCAUUAGGCUUUGUUACCUAAUUUUUAUUUAGAUCCAAAUAAUAGACCACGACAACUUUGUUAGCUAUAUUCUCAAAUAGGAACCGGUGUACAUCCACAGAAUUUACUUAUUUUGUACGUAUGAAAUUCAAUAAAGAAUGGAAAAUAUAAAAGCAUACAGGAGCAUAUUAAGUUCAAUCCCUGGGCAAUAUCUGUGCUAGCAGUAUGAAACCUCUCUUCAAAACAUGAUAUUCAAUAGUGAAAAGUUAUGUAAUUCAGAACUAUGCUAAACUUAUCUCCAAAUCUAUUAUUAAAAACCAUAUUAAUUCCCCUAGUUCCUGUUCAAAGAUUGAUACAUUUAGUAUUGGAACAGCAUUUAUGGAAGAGCAAAAAGGGAACACAAUCACUGGUUUAAUGCCUAUUACUAGGUAGCACUUGACUUGUGAAUCUCAGUCCAUUGAGCAUUUUCACAUCCUAAAGUUGUGUAGAACAGACAUUAUAGUUGGAGUUUGCUAAAUGUUAUAAACACUUAUUUAUUAAGUAUAAUUACGUGUAUUUGUCCUUUUAAAGCUCUAAAUUUUUCCAGUUACUGUGCAAUCGACUAAAUGAUAUUAACACAUAUUUGUUCUCUCCAUAAAGCUUAAUAGUGUUUAAUCAUGAGCAAAGUCAGUUCUCAGAUACUGUGAUCCAGGUGAAAAGAACCUCCCUGUCCCAUAUUAGCAAACGUUUUCUAGCCUAAAUUAUAUAAUCUCCUCUGAACAUUAAAUACCUGCCACCAUAAACAGUGGGUUUUUGUUUGUUGGAUGGUUGGUUGGUUUUCAGAAUUCUAUCAUUUAAAAAGCUAUUGAUUCUCUGUAGGCAAUAGUUACUUGAGGGGAGUGAUUCUAGAGGGAAAUAAACUGUCUUGAGACUAGUCAUUAUUAAGUUCUAUGGGCAAAAUUCCAAAAACCAAAUAUUGGCUCAAAUGUAGUUUGCUUUCAGAAUGUAAUGUGCAAAGUCACAUCUAUGAUGUAUGACAUCAUUACCUUUGCCAAACAAUUUAAACUGAAAAAUUAAUUUGUGUGUGGUAUAUUAUAUUCUCUAAAGUCACUUUUCAACCAGAUGCACUGUAUUAAAGAUUCCCUUAAAAAUAUAUGUUUAACAAUCGCCAGAUAGGGUUAAAAAUAUUUCUCUUCUACUACGUUUUAGAGAAAAAUCCUAAUAUAAAAUUCCAUCAAAAAGAGUUUCAUUUUAUAAUAACAUAAUCAACAACAUGUUGCAUUUUUCUCAGCACACUGUUCCUUGCAUUAGGUAUUCACAUGAGUAAGCCCAAUACUGUUGUAUGUUUACUGUAAUUUUCUUUUGCAAAUAAAGUAAUAUUCCUUGUCA